AUGGCACAACCUAAUAAUGUUCAAACUUCAAUUGAGCAUCUUGCAAAGUUAGUGGAUGACAUGUGGUAUUUGGCUGGUGAUAAAAGCGCAGAUGUUAGUAAUUUUAUAAUGUACACGGGUAUCAAAAAUAUUACGGGUACAUUUCAAUUUUUAGAUCGAAGAUUACAAGAUAUUGCAACUUUUGGACGAGUUGUCGGAGAAGUUGAUACUUUUGUUGGGUUUGUUUCAAAAAGUUUGAUGGGAGUUCUUGCUUCGGUAAUGUGA